AUGUUCGGCGCAGUGAGAAGAUGUCCCGCGACUCUCGCGAGGAAUCUUGCCUCAGUUUCUACCAGGGCCCUCCGCACACCCCUCUCCCAUAACUCGAGUAUCCUGCGGAUACCUCUACAAUCAGCGCGCCUCCAAAAUGUCUCAUUUGCUGGCUUCCACAGCAGUGCCACAAGGUGGCAACAGGAGGCACAACAGAGCAUUGAAGAAGAUGGUCCUGUCACAGAGUUCAAGGAACUGGCCACACGUGGGCUUGUUCAUCCCAACCUUAUCAACACUAUCACCAACCAGAUGAAGCUCACGACUAUGACGGAUGUGCAGACCAGGACCAUCAACGAGGCCCUGAGCGGGGUUGACAUCAUCGCACAAGCAAAGACCGGUACCGGUAAAACACUUGGUUUCCUCAUCCCCGUCAUCCAACGAAUCAUCGCGAACGACCCCCAGCUCGGCGAGAAGGUCAGAGGAUACAAGCGUGCCAAGCCCGACGAUAUCAGGGCCAUUAUCAUCUCACCAACCCGAGAACUGGCAGAACAGAUCGCUGUCGAAGCUAAGAAAGUGGUUUCUGGAACCGGCAUCGUUGUGCAGGUUGCAGUCGGAGGCACACAGAAGAGGGCUAUGCUUCAGAAGACACAGCGUGAAGGGUGCCAUCUUAUGAUCGCCACCCCCGGACGACUAUUCGACAUCCUCUCGGACCCAUACUCUGGCGUCAAAGCACCAAAACUAAGUGCCCUGGUCAUGGACGAGGCGGACCGCCUGAUGGACGAUGGUUUCCAAAAGGAGAUUGACGAGAUCAAAAACUUCCUCCCCGAUCCAGCCGAAGUCGAGCGCCAGAACCUCAUGUUCUCCGCCACCAUCCCCCGCGAGGUUGUCGGCCUUGUCCGCGCGACCAUGCGCCCUGGCUUCCACUUCGCCAAGUGUGUCGAUGAGAACGAGGAACCAACACAUCAGCGUAUCCCGCAAAGAUACGUGAACCUUGCCGGUUUCGAGAACACCAUGCCCACACUCUACGAUUUUGUCCAGCAAGCCCAACAGAAAGCAAACGCUGGCGAAAGCCGUCCGUUCAAGGCCAUCAUCUACUUCAACAGCACUGCCGAGGUCACACUUGCAGCAUCAGUCUUCUACAAGCUCGGCGGCGGCUUCAGGCGCAAUACCCCUCUCUCUGGGCUCCGCUGUUUCGAGAUUCACGCCAAGCUCAGCCAGCAGCAACGUACAAGGGCUGCAGAUGACUUCCGCGCCGCCAAGUCCGGCAUCCUCUUCUCCUCAGACGUAACAGCCCGUGGCAUGGACUUCCCUGAAGUCACCCACGUCAUUCAAAUUGGUCUUCCCCGUGAACGCGAUUCCUACAUCCAUCGUCUCGGUCGUACUGGACGUGCCGGAAAGGAGGGUGAGGGCUGGUUGUUCCUCUCACCCUAUGAGAAGAAUGAGAUUCGUCGCCGUCUCGGCGGUCUGCCUCUCGUUAAUGCCACUGAUAUGCUUGAAACUGCAACUGUCGACAUGACCCAACAAGCCGAGGUCCCAGAGAACGUUGCGAAGAUUCUAUCUGAGUGCGUAGAGGCACACAAGAAGGUCUACCCUGACCAAUUGGACGCCGCCUUCCGUGGUCUCUUCGGAAGCUACCAGUGGUACGGUGACAAGCAGGGUCUGCUGGAGGGUGCAAACCGUCUAGCGGAGUUUGGCUGGGGCAUGCCAACCCCACCUGCACCACCUUCUAGCCUCUUUGCAGGAGGUCGCGGACGUGGCGGUGGAGGCCGUGGCGGAUUCGGAGGUGGUCGUAGCGGAUUUGGAGGUGGAAGAGGAGGCGGCGGCGGUGGCUUCGGCGGUGACCGAGGUGGCCGAAGCGGAGGGUUUGGUGGCGACCGAGAUGGCCGAAGUGGAGGGUUCGGCGGCGACAGGAGAGGAGGUGGUGGUUUCGGUGCUGAAAGGAGAGGAGGAGGCGGCAGCGGCUUCGGCGGCGACCGAAGAGGAGGAGGAGGUGGUGGUGGCUUCGGCGGUGACAGGAGAGGUGGCGACAGGAGCUUUGGUGGUGACCGACCAAGGAGGGAGCCCCGAAUGGACUUCUAA